UUCAUUAUGAACUUCUCAGUCACUUCGCCAUCGAUGGAGAACCACAUCCGCUUCCGCUCGUGCUGAAGACGAGUCUAGCUGUCCGGGAUCCACGAGGGCUGAGAUCCGAAUGAGCGAUUAUGUAGGUUACAGAGCGGAGAUGCCCGGACCACCAGCACCACCAUCAUCAUCCUCAUCAUCCUCAUCAUCCUCAUCAUCACCGCCUCCUCCUCCUCCUCCUCCUCCUGCUCCUGCUCCUCCUGCUGCUGCCUGCUGCCUGGUGCCGGUGUGUGUUCACCUUCAUCGCGACACAGCGAGCGGAUGCUGGAGCUCAGCCUGGCAUGAUGGAGAAGAGCCUCACACACCUGGAGGACAUACGCACCCCGUUUCGGAUAAAAAACAAACCUCUUAGCACUUUGCACCUGCGGGGUUUAUGAAUUCGCUCCCAUGUUUAAGAGAGAAACUUAAGAGAAGUCUCCAAGCUCACCUCUGUUAAAAAAAAAAAAAAAAAGAGAGGAAAAAUGAUGGCCUGAGGACGGAGGUGUGUGUUUCUCGUUUUGUCCAGGAGGCAUCAAAGAUGACGCGCAGUUUCCAAGACGCAUAAGUUUGAUUUCUGUCGCUGUGAGCGCCUGCAUGCCGCAUAGACGCCGGCUCAGCGUGCUGCUCCCUCACGCUGUGUGUGUGUGUGUGUGUGUGUGUGUAGCAGGGGUGUGUUACAGCUGCAUAUUGCGUAACUACAGUCCCAAGACUUUGUCCUCGGUCUUCUCAGCCUCUUAGGAUCACACUGGUGGAUGCUCACGUGCGGGAGAAAGGCAUACAUACACACAUUAACAUCAUAUCACUGUUCCAUCCAGACUAAUAGCUGGGACGUCAUUCAUUGCAGAGACCCUGGUGUCAAACCGAACAUUGAUGCUCGGGACCCCCAAUGAUGAUGAUGAUGAUGAUGAUGAUGGUGCGCUCACAGAGGCCCGCCGCCCGCACGCCUUCUCCGCUCACACUCUAGGAUGUUGCGGCAAGCGGUGCGCGAGGGGCUGCGGGCGUCCUUCCACAAGCUGGGCCACUUCGUCGCCAACCACCCGGUGUUCUUCGCCUCGGCGCCCGUGCUCCUCUCAGUGCUGCUCGGCGCCAGUUUCAGCAGGUACCGAGUGGAGGAGGAAGUGGAGCGCCUGCUAGCCCCCAAACACAGCCUGGCGAAGAUCGAGGGCAACCUGGUGGACAGCCUGUUCCCCGUCAACCGCUCCAAACACACUCUCUACUCUGACCUGCAGACACCGGGCCGGUACGGGCGCGUGAUCGUGACCUCGCGCAAGGGGAGCGUGCUCGAGCCUCACCACGCUGACCUUGUCCUGAAGCUUCACGGUGCCAUCACCCACAUCCAGGUUCCGAUGCUGGGCUUCAACUACACCUUCGCUCACCUCUGCCUGCUGGACGAUAGCAAGAACUGCAUCAUAGACGACAUCCUGCGAGUGCUGGAGGAGAUGCGAACAGCCCGUGCCUCGAACCGGACCGUGCCGCCUCUGCGUUACCCCAUCACGCGACUCAAGGACGGGCGAGAGGCCUACAUCGGACACCAGCUUGGCGGGGUGCAGACAGUGGGAGGCGGUCGAGAAGGCGUCCGCGCCGCCCGCGCUCUCCAGCUCACCUACUACCUGCAGGUCGCCAGUGCGCUGAACGAGGUGGUGGCGGCUCGCUGGGAGCUGCUGUUCUGCCGUGAGCUGGAGCGCUUCAGCGCAGCACACCCCGAGCUGGGGCUCUACCCGUUCACCUCGUCCUCGCUGCAGAGGGACUUUCAGAGGACGAGUCGUGUGUCGGAACGCCCGCUGCUCUUCAGCCUGGCCGCAUGCCUCUCACUCGCUGUGCUUUGCUCUUCUAUGAGAGACUGCGUACGCACCAAACCCUGGCUGGGAAUCCUGGCGUUGGUCACCGUCAGCCUCGCGACUCUCACCUCCGCCGGGAUCUUUAACCUCACCGGAGGGAAAUACAACUCCACGUACCUUGGCAUUCCUUUCAUCAUGCUGGGUCAUGGCUUGUUUGGCACGUUCGAGAUGCUCUCUUCGUGGCGACGGACGCGUGAGGACCAGCAUGUAAAAGAGCGAGUGGCUGCUGUGUUCUCAGACUGCAUGCUUCCCUUCACAGCCAGCACCGCCCUUCACCUGGUCACCUUUGGCAUCGGCGCCAGCCCGUUCACGAACAUCGAGGCCGUGCGCCUGUUCUGCCGCAUUGCCUGCAUUUCCAUCCUCUUCAACUACCUCUACAUCCUCACCUUCUAUGGGUCCAACCUGGUUUUUGCAGGUUACCUCGAAAACAACUAUCGCCACAGCCUGUUCUGCAGGCGCGUACCCAAGCCUGAUUUACUGCAACAAAAGCCAGCUUGGUAUCGCUUCCUGAUGUACACGCAUUACAACGAGGAAGCGUCUGAACCCGGUGACCUACAUGUCUAUGAGAACCAUCUCCUGGUGGCCUUCAUGAAGCGUUACUAUUGCGACUGGAUCACCAACACUUACGUCAAACCCUUUGUAGUGCUUUUUUAUUUAGUAUACAUCUCCUUUGCAUUGAUGGGCUACUUACAAGUGAGUGAAGGCUCAGAUCUCAGUAAUGUUGUUGCCACAGAGACCAGCACCAUCGCCUACACCCGGGCACAACAGCGCUACUUUAGCAGCUACAGCCCUGUAAUUGGCUUCUACAUCUAUGAAUCUAUCGAGUACUGGAACACCAGUGUUCAGGAGGAUCUGCUCGAGUACACGAAAGGGUUCGAGCGGAUCUCCUGGUUUGAGAGUUACCUGAACUACCUGCAUGGUCUGAACAUCACGACCAGCCUUUCGCGCAGAAACUUCACCGAGCACCUGCGCUCAGGUUUCCUCCGCCAGCCCCGCUACCUCCAUUUUUCAGACGACAUCAUAUUCGCCAAGCGGGCUGACGGAGAGUUUGAUGUAGUGGCUUCCCGGAUGUUCCUGGUGGCGAAGACGACAGAAAACAAGCGAGAAGAGAUGUCUAUUUUGUUAGAUACGCUGCGCAAGCUCUCGCUGACCUCCAGGGUGAAGUUCAUCAUCUUCAACCCUUCUUUUGUGUACAUGGACCGCUACGCAUCGUCAGUGGGUGCACCACUGAAGAACUCGUGUAUUGCUGCUCUGUUCUUGCUCUUCUUUUCUAGCUUUUUGGCUGCUGACCCUUUGGUGAACGCCUGGAUAACUGUGACGGUGGCCUCUGUGGAAUUCGGUGUGGUGGGAUUUAUGACUCUGUGGCAAGUGGAGUUAGACUGUGUGUCAGUGCUGUGCCUGAUUUAUGGGGUUAACUACGCCGUGGACUCAAGUGUGCCUCUAGUGUCAGCCUUCGCUCUGGGACGGGAUUCGACGCGUACGCGAUGGGUGAAGGUGUCCCUGGAGCGGCACGGGGUCCCUGCCUUGCAGAGUUACAUGUGCUAUGGUGCGGCGUUGUUGCCUUUAGCAGCUGUUCCGUCCAACCUUACUCACACGCUAUUCAGGUGUUUUUUCCUCACUGCCCUCAUCACCGCCUUCCACUGCCUGGCUAUCCUUCCAGUCCUUCUGACAUUCUUACCUCCCUCCAAGAAAAAGAGGAGGGAAAGGAAGAACGUGGCAGAGCAUCGGGAAGAGAUUGAAUGCGUUGAGAUGGCAGACAGUACCCGAGUGGUUGAUCAGAUUACCACCGUCUGAGCAAAAUAAGGAAAUGUGAAAUCUGACCAAGAGUAACGGCAGAGCUUGGGCUCACAGGGUCCAUCAAGACCUGGAAGGAACUGUCACGUCACCGAGGCAGAUAUAAUCUGAGCAAAAGAAUCUGAGCAAAAGAAUUUAAGCUCUCUUGUUGGAACUAGGCUUUGUUGUCAUGGUAAAAAGUGCUGGAAAGGUCUCGCCAUUAACACGAGGCUAGGUUGUCAUGGUGAAAGCCCUGCGAAGGUUGUGCUGCACAUCUUCCAACCCUGUGUGGAUGGUGAGAGAAAGUCUUUGUUCAGUGAGCUGAAUGAGCCAAAUUUUUUGGCCAGCUGCAGAUAAUUACAGAGCAGCUCCUAGACUAGCGCUGAAUGCUCUCAACAGGGUUUCGCCUUAAUGCAGUUCAGACGCACAUACAUGCUAUACAAACCAUUUCAACAUUACUGUGAUAUUAAAAUAUAAAAAUAUUAAAUAUUAACCGCACUACCCAUAUUUACAGGUGGUCAGGGGGUCCUAAUUGCUAAAUCAAGGCAGCCAUAGUUGUUUUUUAAAUAGCCAUGUCCUUUAUUAGCCAUAUAAAUUCAAACUCUGGCUAAUUUGUCAUUUCAAGACUUCAUUGCCGCCCUUGAAUUUUUUCUUUCUGUAUCAGACAGAAUAACAGUUGAUCUCAGUUGGAGAGAAAUGCAGAUGCUCGCUCGCAGGUCAUGGUGCACUGCAUCGCUUCCAUGGUAACCCCUCGUAUCUGUCACAAUUUAGUCUUAGAUUAUACUCUAAAUACAUCAUUUCAUUCCCCUCGUGUAUUCAGUCGGUUCUUAAUAGUUCCUAAUGGGAAUCGAUGGCUGAUUAAGUUAUGCAGCAGUGCAGGUUGUGAAAAACCUAUGAAGGAUUUCAUCCCAGAGUUCCUGGAGUGCAUUUUUUUCUCAGAAAAAAACAUUGAAAAUCACACUGUCACACACAACGCUUCUCAUCAAUAUGUAUGAGCCAGAAUCACUCUUUGUGUGUCCUUGCUUAUUCGGUAUGAGAGACACAAAGGAGGGAGAAGAUAAGGGCAGAGAGAGAAAGAGAAACACACACACAGAACGAGAAUGGAGAUAAAGGUAGAAAGAGAAAGAGAGAGAGAAACAGAGAAAGAGAGCUAGUUUUUUGUCUGUUAUAAUGAAAUCACAGGUUUAUAUUAAUGCGCUCAUUCUAAUAUGUUAUGGUUUCUAUACUAACAGCUCAUUCACAGGGACUCGUACGGUGGACGUUCAACAUAAACGGAUGUUUUUCUGUGAGAUGUUUUUUAACAUUUAUGGAAGGAGUCUCCAGUGUCAGCGCUUUGUAACAGUCAGAGGUAAAGCUGUAACUUAAAGUUUUCCGACAUCUUCAGGACAGAGGAGUUUGCGCUUCUUUGCAGUUUCUCUGUAACACGACAAGCUUCGUUUUUUUGUCUUAUUAACUAGAUGAGAGAGAAUAAAGAGAGGCUGGUGAGGGAACGACUGUUUAUAGCUGCUAUAACGUAAGUGAGAUCAGGAACUAACUUGUUUCAUGGAUGUUCCACAACAUUAAAUGUAACUAUAAACGGAUAAAAAAAAGUAUGGCAUGUAAUUUGUUAGUUAAUAAAAAUUUUUUAUCAUUGGCAAAUUGCUGUGGUAUUUGAGAAAUAAAAGACUUCAGGAUGUGCUGUUUAAAGAAAAUAAUCAACUGUCAGUAGGGAAACAGUAAUUCUGUCACUCAUUAUUUCACUAUAACAGCAUGUCUGGAGUAAACAUCAUGUUAAAGUAGAGCGUCGUGGAAACGCAGAGUGCGGGGCGUCGUGAAUCGGUGCGUGGUUCCUCUGGCAGGUCACCAACAGCUGCUCUGUUCGUCUUAUUCACGGCAUCGCUGGAGCUUAUCACGGAGCAGAUGCAGUUCUUACACCUGCUGUUCGCUGUUCUGAGCUCAGCCACAAUCUGCUUUGCUCUUUUAUACAUUUCCUACAUUACUAAACAUCUCAUCUUCUAGCAUAUAGUAUCUCAUAUCUCUCCCUACAUGUUUGCUAUUUAGGCUGGUGAAAGCAUUUCAGUUGCUUACACCUUCUCAGUCCUGUUCUAGGUCAGAUUGUACCAUUACAGUUACUCUGGGGUAGGUUGAACCCAAAACUUCAUCAGGUUGUACCAUUUUCUCAUACUGUAGAAGUGAAGAAUGAUGUCAUUCUGUGUGUAACGACCUAAAUUUAUUUCACUCCGUCCCAUUAUGAAGAAUCUGUACUUGAAAACUUGUUACCCUUUAAAAGAUGAUCUUGUUUUUUUGUUGUAAUAUCCAUUUUUCAGCUCUAUUUUGCGCCGUAUAUAAAUUACAUACAUGCUCUGUUUGUCAGGUAUUUCAGCUGCUGAUUUUAAAAGUAUAAUGCAUAUCCGUCUUAACGUACCUCCAUCUUGAUUCCUGAACAGUUUUAAAGUACAAACCCACCGGAUUUGGGGGCAGAGGGUCUCCAAGGCUAGAAAUGAGAAAUCAUCAGAAACCCUGCUGUAGAAAACACACUAAUUCUUGAAUAUUUAAUCAUAUUGAACAUGCCCUUGAUUGAUUUUUAUUUGUUUGGUUGUUUUUGUUUUGACUAAAGAUGACUGAACUUGAUAUUACACACACAGAACACACAUGAAUUUACCCUUAAGGAAAGAUUUGUCGGUUUUGUAUCUAUUUGUAUAAAAUUCAGACUAAUAAAGCAAAGCAGAACAUUGAAAUAUUUAGUGGUGUUAUUUUUGAUUGUGUGUUUGUUCAUAAAACAUUAAAAUUCAACAUUAUUGCACACUGCCAUCAUGUGGAGAACAGAAACAUCAUGUGGUUUGACUGUACAUCAUUGUUAUUAUUAUGCCAUCCAUGAAACCUGGUAAUGCAAGGCAUUGCUCAGCACUCACAGUAUAAUCAUUGUUGAUGGAUAUUAGAUUUAUGGCUCCAGUCUAACAUCACGACCGUCCUAUUUCACGUCUCUGCUAUUUAAUCUUCCUUUGAUCAAAAGUGCACAUUUUCAGUGCAUCCCUUAUAGACA